AUGUUCUUUACGGGAGCUGUUGUGAUUUUUCUUUUCGCUAACGCCAAUUUGGCAUCAGCUCAUUUGGUGAAAAGAGGCGUUUUUGGAGGAAGUUAUGGAUUCAACUCGUUUGAAGAUUUCGAUCAUAGUGAUUCAGGAUAUUCUUCCGCUCCAGUAGUUUACAAACCUUACCAUCCAGUUUCUCCAGCCGAAAUCGCAUCAGCUAUCCAGGCCGCCAAGGAAGCCUCGGCCAAUGUUAUGUCUGCCCAACGUCGUGUCCAAGAAGCUAAAGAAGAAGUGCUUCACCAGCAGCACGUGGCUAGUCAAAAACAAUCAGAUGCAGCCCUUGCUCUACAAAAAACUGAAGCAGCUGCAGCAAUUCAACAACAGGAAGCCAAAGCAGCUGCAACUGGAGUAGUCCGUGCCCAGCAACGUUUAGCGCAAGCCAAAGCUGAAGUUUCUGAAGCUCAACGCAUCGCAGCUCAUAAAGAAGCUCAUGCUGCAGCGAUCAUUCAAAAAAGUGCUAACAAUGCAGCACAUGAAAUCCAGAAGAACGAUGAUGCUGCAAGAAAAAUCUCAGCAAUACAAAGCCACGGAAGCGCAGCUUUAAGACAGGCGGCUGCAGCUAAGCAGGGUUCGUUGACAGCUGCAUCAGCUGCCGUAGCAGCUUCACAACAUUCGGGCAGUAACGGUGACGGUGCCGCCGGUCCUUGGUACGGUCAGAAGGUCAUCCACUUGCAACCAUGGGGCUGA